CCGGCCCCACGCAGGCGCGGCGCUGCCCUCCCCGUCGGGGCGGCGCUUGGGGCCGGAGCGCUGCGGGCAUCGGAGCUCCGGGAGCGGCUGCAGCGAGCGGUGGGAUAUCGGAGCUCCGGCAGCUCGAAGAGUCAGUGGGAAAGGAUGUUUUCAUCGGUGAAGCCCUAUGAGAAUCAGCGCUACUCUGCCCUGAAGAAGGAAUGCCUGAGGAAGAAGCAGCUCUUUGAGGACCCUCUUUUCCCCGCCAAUGAUGACUCACUCUUCUACAAGUCAAGGAUCCAGGGCAUUCAGUGGAAGCGGCCAAAAGAAAUCUGCGCCGAUCCCCAUCUCUUCGUGGACGGGAUCAGCUCCCAUGAUUUACACCAGGGCCAGGUUGGGAACUGCUGGUUUGUGGCUGCCUGCUCGUCCCUGGCAUCCCGCGAGGCCCUGUGGCAGAAGGUCAUCCCAGACUGGAAGGAGCAGGAGUGGAACGCCGAGAAACCUGAGAGCUAUGCAGGGAUCUUCCACUUCCAAUUCUGGCGUUUCGGUCAGUGGCUGGAUGUGGUAAUAGAUGACCGCCUGCCCACGCUCCACAACCAGCUCAUCUACUGCCACUCCAACUCCAAGAAUGAGUUUUGGUGUGCCUUGGUGGAGAAAGCUUAUGCCAAGUUGUCAGGAUGUUACGAGGCCCUGGAUGGAGGCAACACAGCUGAUGCUCUGGUAGACUUUACUGGUGGGGUCUCUGAACCUAUCGACCUGACCGAAGGGGACUACAUCACUGAUGAAGCCAAGCGAAACCUCCUCUUUGAGCGUGUGUUGAAGGUGCACAACCGUGGAGGCCUCAUCAGCUGCUCCAUCAAAGCUACAUCAGCAGCUGACAUGGAGGCCCGCCUGGCCUGUGGGCUGGUGAAGGGCCAUGCAUACGCGGUGACAGACGUGCGGAAGGUCCGCCUGGGCCAUGGCCUGCUGUCCUUCUUCAAGUCAGAGAAGCUGGACAUGAUCCGCAUGCGCAACCCAUGGGGUGAACGAGAGUGGAAUGGGCCUUGGAGUGACACCUCUGAAGAGUGGCAGAAAGUGAGCAAAAGUGAAAGAGAGAAGAUGGGGAUGACAGUAGAAGAUGAUGGAGAAUUCUGGAUGACCUUUGAAGACUUCUGCAGAUAUUUCACAGACAUCAUCAAGUGCCGUCUCAUCAACACGUCCUACCUCAGCAUCCAUAAGACCUGGGAGGAGGCAGUGCUACAUGGGGCCUGGACCAGAAGUGAUGAUCCCUUGAAGAACCGCAGCGGAGGCUGUAUCAACCACAAGAACACCUUUUUGCAGAAUCCCCAGUAUGUGUUUGAUGUGAAGAAGGCAGAAGAUGAAGUGCUGAUCUCCAUCCAGCAGAAGCCAAAAAGGACCAGUCGCAAAGAGGGCAAAGGAGAGAACUUAGCCAUAGGCUUUGAUAUCCAUAAGGUGGAGCUGAACAGGAACUACCGGAUGCACACCCUGCAGCAGAAGGUGGCCAGCUCCAUUUACAUCAACUCCCGCAGUGUCUUCCUGAGGACGGACCUGAAGGAAGGCCGCUAUGUCAUCAUCCCCACCACUUUUGACCCUGGUCAUGUAGGCGAGUUUCUUCUCAGGAUUUUCACAGAUGUGCCUUCAGAUUGCCGAGAGCUGACUCUGGAUGAGCCACCACACACCUGCUGGAGUGGGAUGUGCGGGUACCCCCAGGUGGUGUCCCAGAUCCACGUUCUCGCCGCAGCUGGCCUCAAGAAUCAGGACUCCCAAGGAGGAGCUGACCCAUAUGUGAUAAUAAAGUGUGAAGGGCAGAAGGUUCGUUCUGCAGUGAAGAAAGACACGGUGUCUCCAGAGUUUGAUGUGAAAGGCCUCUUCUACCGCAAGAAACCAGGACGCCCCAUCAUUGUUCAGAUCUGGAACCACAACUUGAUAAGCGACGAGUUCUUGGGUCAAGUGGCCCUCAAGGGAGAUCCCAGAGACCAGCAGUCCGUGCACACACUGCACCUCCAGGACAGAGGGAACAGAAGAUCAAAUGAUCUGCCUGGAACCAUUGCUGUGAGGAUGCUCAGCAGUAACGUCCUCACUGAUGUCUGAGUACUCAAGGACUCUCCUCUAGUGCCACAUAUGUAUAUAUAUGCAUAUAUAUAUACACACACAUAUAUAUAUAUACACACAGCCUAUCUACCACCUGCAAGUGUAGAAGAACUAUGCAUGCAUUCCACUCAAAGGAGCCAAUCUUGUGUUUUCCAUGUUAAAAAAUGGUGCCUUGUUGGGGAGCCGCAAUGAUCCUUCUACUGGCAUCCUCUGCAGCCCCAUCACCGCCGUGCACCCCGUGGGAUCGCUGCUGGCACGCUGUGUGUCCUGACAGCCAAAGCACGAUGCCCAGGUGCUGUUUGUUUACACGGGGCUGGCACACACGUGCCACCAUACACACGUGUGGCCAUCGUGGUCCCACCAGCUGCUUCAAUGCGUCUUCAUUGUGUCUGCUUGGUGUUAGAGUAGUGCGCCAGGAGUCUUCUGCCCAUGAACUGUCAUUUAAUCACUUAUCCAAGGAGGCACGUCAGCAAAGCAGAAGCGGAAAAAGAAAUUGGGGCUCUUGGGGUGUUUUAUUGAUUUGCACACAGGGACUGGAUGGAAGAUGCACUAGGGCAGUCACACAGUCCCAAAUCCCAAAUCCACAGGGUCAUCAGGACUAGAAGCUCCAUCACCGUAGGGACCAGGUGUCUCGUUCCAAGUCCUCUUCAACCCCACACUGUCCUGAAUUACAGAAUCACAGAAUGGCUGAGGUUGAAAGGGACCUCUGGGUCCAUCUGGUCCAACCCUGCCCCAGCAGGGACACCCAGAGCAGAGUGCCAACCAACCACAUCCAGGUGGCUUUUGGAGGUCUCCAAGGAGGAGAUCUCACAACCUCCUCAAGCAACUGAUGCAAGGGCUCUAUCCCCAGCGUGGCACAGAAGUGCUACCUGGUGUUCAGCUGCAUAUUCUGAAGGAUGCAAAGAUUGCAACAACCGUGGUUGGACAACUGUUCUGCAGGACCAAGUUUUAGAGUUGGUGUGGUCUUGAUUCCUGCAUGUGCCUCUCAAACUGCCAUCGUGCCUGCUGUCUCCAUUGCUUUUUUUGCAGUCCCCGUCCCCAGAGCCUGAAUUUCACAUUUUGCUGAGUUGUAACCCCAUACCUGGGUUGUCUGCUGCAUAUAUAUUCAGUGUUGGGGUAAGAGAAGAACAAUUCCUCUGAAGGCCAGAGUAUCAGAUCUCGUGGGUGAGGAGCAUCAUUUCCAACGGAUGAGCAGCUUUGCUCAAUGGGCAUCACCUUUACUGCUGCAUACAGAUUUCAAAUGCAUCAUUUGUAGAGCCUCACUUUCCCAAGUUCUUUUUAAAAGCUGUGGGAUUUUAGCUUAUGCUGAAGGAGAGGAGCGCUGCUCCAAGUGCAGCUUGAAAAUACUGGAAAUACUCACUUCAUUCAAACAUUCAUCUGUCACCUUCAAUUUCCAGUUUAUUUGAUGAGUUCACAGGGCUACAGCCAGUCCCACAAGCACAACCCAAACACAUCUUGGUACAAAGGUACAAAGCACAGUCCUGCAGUGUGUAAGACCACACUCCUAUUUGCUGCAAUCCUGCGUUUCUCUUCGUUAUUCCACUGGGUGGCAGAAUCUGGCUUCAUAUAAACCAUACCAGCUGUGCUUUUUUAAUAAGCUGAUCCUUUGCAGUCACCUCCUUGCAAGGGGAAAGGAGCACACUUGAUUCAAUACUUCCUAUAAAUAACUUUUUUUUUUUUAAUUGAAACAUGGCAGUCUUGAUAAAUUCGGACCUGAGCAGAGUCCUGUCUGCAAGGACAAGUGAACAUACAACCCUUCUUUUGCUAUAGUAAGUAGGAUUUCAGUCUAUCCUGCUAACUGGCCAUGCUUGUGCUGUAAAGCUGUGGGUGGUUUUUUUUUAAAGUCCCUAAAUAUUUGCAGAGUCUGUAACGUGGUAUUUUGUUUCUCACUGUCAAGUCAGCUGCUAGCUCAAAUCCUGGUGCAUCCAGAAGCAUGUGAAUGACAGAAUCAUAGAAUCACCAAGGUUGGAAAAGACCUCCAAGAUCACCCAGUCCAACCAUCCACCUACCACCAAUACAACCCCACUAAACCAUGUCCCUAAGGACAACUUCACCCAUUUUUUCAGGCUGUUCUUCCUUCCUCAUCUUCAGAGUUUCGUCGUUAAGCUGUUGUGGGUCAGGAUGGGAAUUUUGACCAAAUUGCUCAUUUUCUUAGGUCUUGUUUUCCAGGGCUUAGCAGCAGGCAGUGGCCCACAAGAUGCUCUUUCCAGGUCCCACUUAUUCCUGUUGUGCAGAGCACCUUCCAAAUCCUGUUGCCAUCACUGGGACCCAAAUGAGCAUGGCACUUUGCAGAAUGAGCUCAGAUGCUCCUGCUUUGAUAAAGUGUUGUUUUGAGCCCAAAGUUGAAGCAAAAUACUGAUUUUGUUCACCACGAUUCAAGUUAUUUUUAUUAGAUUCUGGUUUUUGGGCAUAGGACUCAUCAAUGAAAAUAAGUGGAAGAAGGAUUGUGGGGCCAGAAGUUGUGAUUUAGGUCUUCACAGUGAUAGGUGAAAGAGACGCCUAGAAAUACCUGGGAGGGAGAAGAGCCGUUCAGCGGAAGGAGAACACCACAGGAACACCAUAGGCAUUUUGCACCAUCAGCAGCAGAUGGAGUGUGCCUGCAUGAGCUGUGUUUUCUCAGGAAAUCGGGCUGCCCAUAGCUUCAACAGACCAGAGCCAUUUGGCCCAGGUGCCCCAACCCGUGCCAAACCGCGCCGUGAUCCCCAAGGAACGGCACUGAAGCUUGCUGGGGAGCAAUGCCCCAAUGGCAUUGACUCCCUCCUUCCUACAGAGAAUCAAGCCAUAAUGAAAGGCAGCUUUUAAUACUUUCUUCAAAAUAACAAUCGUUGUACCAUAUCAGGACCAAAAAUGUCUUAAUAUUGAUCAUAAGUCUCUUUAUUUCUUUUUCUUUUUGGAAACUUAAAGCAGAAGCUUUCUUUCCUCCUUCAUUUCCAAGGGAUGAAGAAAAAUUACCUUUUUUUUACCUCUUUUUUGAGGGUCUUGUUUUGUAGAAUGGGUUGAGGAGGGUCAUUAUUGAAAUGCCGCUGUUCAUCUCAAUGCCUUUUCUCUUUGAAUGGAGUAAGUGGAUGAAUUUGAGGGUUGUUGUUUUUUUAUCUGAGGGGAGGGCAGACCUGAUGAGCACUUUCCAGUUCCCCUCUAGAUCAUAGAAUCGUGGAAUCAUUAAGGAAAAGACCUUUAAGAUCAUCGAGUCGAACCAAUAACCCAUCCCCACUGUGCCCACUAAACUAAAUAGUGUAGGAUGUCUGUUUUCCGUUUCUUUUAUUAAUCAUUGCAUCGGUUGCAAGAAACCUGUCACUACACUCCAUGAAAUCCCCCUUUUUAAUGUGAUCGUGUUAAACCAGGCUAUGUGUUGUCUUCGUCUCCGAAGGCACUGAUGUGUCACGCUGCACAAGAUCGGCGAGUGGUCCGAAGUGAAAGCCAACGUUGUACAGCUGUAAACCUCCUAUGAAUAAAUUGUGUAUAUUUUAUUCAGA